UUAUAAUUUUGUUAAUGUCAGUAAAUGUAUAUUGUAUACGCCAUUAAAAAAAGUUGACAAAAAAUUUCAAACAUCACAAUGAGCGAUAUUACAAACAAAAGUGAUAAGCUAAAGGCAAAUUUGAAUGGUUUGCCUCAAUAUGUAGAGAAUUUUUCCGAAAGUCAUCCAAUGAUAUCUAAUGAAUUUGAAUUGCAUAAAUUAGAAAACUGUACAAACCUUGUUGAAAAAACCCCAUUAAAACGUAUGUUGACAAAUGACUUAGAAUUAAGAUUCAAAGAUGAACCACUAACUGAUGAAACCACUUGUGGAUAUUGGAUAUUUAGAGGGUCACUAAUUCAAAAAUUCGCUAACAAAAAAGCAUACGUUUUAUUAUAUGGCUUAUCUGGAUGUAUAUUUAGUGCGACAUAUGCAUAUUUUAACGCGACGAUAACAACAUUAGAAAAAAGAUACAAAAUUCCUAGUAGAACUGUUGGUUUCAUUGGCGUUGGAAAUGAUAUUUCAUCUCUUUUUCUUUCGGCUGUUCUUAGUUAUUAUGCUGGAAAAGGUCACCGUCCCCGUUGGGUUGCAUUUGGAAUAUUGACUAUUUCCAUUUUUUGUAUUCUUACAUCUCUACCACAUUUUUUAUAUGGGCCUGGUAAAGAAGCAUUGCUACUUACAACUGAAUAUGGAGCUAGAUUCGAUGAUGACAUGACCUUUGAAAUAAUGAAAAAGGAGAAAAGUAAAACUUUGUGUCAAACAGAUAAUAGUACAACAGUGAAAUGUGAAAUGCCAGAGGGAAGUUUAGCACCACAAGCUAUUUUAUUUGUCGCCCAACUAAUCGCGGGUAUUGGAGGCUCUCUUUAUUAUACAUUAGGCUCAAGUUACAUGGACGAUAAUAUACUAAAAUCAAAGACUCCAGCCUUAAUAAGCUUUUCAUAUUUUUUGAGAACUUUAGGACCAGCUCUAGGAUAUACAAUAGCGUCUUUCUGUUUAAAAGUUUACAUUUCUCCGGAUUUAACACCAACUAUCGAAACGUCAGAUCCAAGGUGGUUAGGUGCCUGGUGGAUGGGCUGGUUAUUUUUAGGCAUUGUUUUAGCAUUUUGUGCGUUACUGCUAAGUUUAUUUCCACAUACACUACCUCGAGCGGCGAUACGCCGCAAGAUCCAAGAAGAACGAAAGAGAAUGGGAGAAAAAAUUGUGGAAUCUGUUGAGGAGAAACCUUCAUUUAAAGACAUGAUCAGCACAUUUAAUCGACUCUUAAAAAACAAAAUCCUCAUGUUUAAUCACUUUGCUUCAGUUUUCUACUUUUUUGGUUACAUGCCAUACUGGAUAUACACGCCAAAGUACAUAGAAACCAUGUACAAACAAUCAGCAUCAGUAAGCAGUUUGGUAACUGGAACAGUGGCAUUGGCCUUUUCGGCGAUUGGAAUACUAGCUUCUGGCUUAGUAAUUUCAAAAUUCAAACCAAGAGCAAGAUAUUUAGCUGCAUGGAAUGUGUUUGUAGGUCUGUUUUCUGUCAUCGGUAUAAUUGGCUAUAUAUUUUUAGGAUGUAAAGCUAACGAAAAUUCAAUAGUAGUAAACGAUGUAAUCUCAAAUGAAGUAACGUGUAAUAGUAAUUGUCAUUGCGAUUACGUAAAAUACACACCAGUUUGUGGCGAGAAUCAAAAGACAUAUUUAUCACCGUGCCAUGCAGGAUGCAAGAGCCAAAUACAAGAGGGCAGUCGUAAAGUAUUUACUGAUUGCUCAUGUAUUUCGCCAAUAUUAAAUUCAAAAACUAGAACAUAUGAACACAUAUUUAAUGAAACUUUUGAAGUUGAAGACAUAAGGGAAAAUAUGCCAUUUUUAAAUUCAUCAAGCUACAAUGGAAUAGCUUUUCAAAAUGCUUGUCCAAUCAAUUGCCAAUAUCAAUUUUAUUUGUUUUUAAUCGUUAUGUGCUUUAUAAAAUUCACAGGGGCAACUGGUCGUGCCAGUAAUUUCUUAGUAGGUGUUAGGUGUGUAGAUGAAAAAGAUAAAACUGCAUCAAUGGGUUUUGGACUUAUGAUAAUGGCUUUAUUCGCUUUCAUACCUUCUCCAAUAUUUUUUGGAGGCUUAAUGGAUCAAUACUGUAUACUGUGGGGAAAAACAUGUUCUGGAAAAGGAAAUUGUUGGUUAUAUGAUAAUGAAAGUUUAAGACUUUGGUUAAAUCUUAUAGCAGGAUGUUUUGUUAGUAUUGGAACAUUAUUGGAUGCAGGUGUCUGGUAUUAUGCAAAAGAUUUGAAAAUUUUUGAUGAAGAAAUUAAUGAUGACAACCCAGAAAAAAGUGAAAAUCAGGAAGACGAGAUAAGAGAUAAAGUGUAAAAAUUAACUGCAUGUUUUAAAAAAUUUCUUAUACAUCAUGUAAUAUUGUUUUUUUAAGUAAAAUUUUCCUAUUACAUAAGUUUGAUAAAUGUAAAUUAUAAUCUGUAGAAACAUUAAUAGAAGUUUGGAUUUCAUAAAUUUGAUGUUCAACAAUUGAUUCAGAUUUAAAAAAAACUGUUGACCAAGGAAGAUACCUGUAAAUGUUAAAAAUAUAAUUUGAUAAAAAUAUAAAGUUCAAUUUGUAUUUAAGUAAUCUAACAUAGUCAAGGAAAGACUAGUUAGAUAGGAAUAUUAAAAUUUUAUCAAUGAUUCGGGGUACUAUGUGUUUAAAAUGGUUCAAUUUUCUAUAACUUUUUGUUAAAAUUACUAUGUGUUUGUAAAAUAAAUUUAGACUGAAUUACUAAUGAUUUAUAAUUGUGCAUUCCAUUUUAAAAAAUACCAAUUUAGCAUUUUUGUAUUUUUCCUCAAAACCGUAAUAAAAAUGAAAGUUUAUCGUCCAUCAAAAAAAAAAAGAAACUUUUGCUUUGGCGAAUUUUUUUUCUCCUUAUUUUUAAAAAUUUUAUAAUAGCUUUGAAAAAUUUUUAUCGCAAAAUAUGAGCAAAAUCCGGGUAGCGAAAGAAAAAGGUCGAAAUUUCAAAUUUAUUGAAUUUUGAUCACCAGGAUUGUUUAUCGUCUCGGGUACAUCAACUUUUACGGACUGUUUGGCCAAAAAUGUGAUAAUUUUGUGCUUUUAAAAAAAUUUGAAUCAAUGAUAAAAAAAUUUAAAAAUAAGACGAACAUAAAU